CUUUUGCCACAUCAUACACAUGGUGGUGGGGUUCUUCCCAUCCUGUGUGAGCUUACCUUGAGAGCGCAACUGGCCCAAGUACAUUUCGGAUCGUUUCAUCCCCAAAAGAGACAGGAAAGAAAUAAGAAAAAAUUACAUUAGAAGGCCUGAAAUAUUGCCUUCUGAUCAUGGAGAGACAACUGGGCCUCGGGUUUUUUGUGCUUUCUGAUUUGCACACUGACUACUCAGAAAACAUGGCUUGGGUGAAAUGCUUAUCAGCUGUGAGAUACAAGAAGGAUAUUCUUCUUGUUGCAGGUGAUGUGGCUGAGAUGUACAAGACCUUUGUGUUGACAAUGUCUCUAUUGAAGGAAAGAUUCAUGUAUGUCUUCUAUGUACCUGGAAACCAUGGCCUCUGGUGUCGAGGAGAGGAUUAUGUUGAUUCAAUUGAAAAGUUGAACACAUUACUUGAUGCAUGUAGAAGAAUUGGAGUAGAAACCGGUCCUAAGAUCGUGGAUGGUCUGGGGUUCAUUCCUAUGUUUUCUUGGUACCAUGAGAGCUCUGAUAGAGAGAAGGACAUUCAGGGGAUCUACAUUCCCUCUUUGGAGAUGAACCUGAAGUGA